AAACGCUCGUCUUUAUAGUGCGCUGCUCCUCUCACUUUGCCAGUGGUCUCUGUAAACCCGAGCCUUUCGCCACACUGAAUACGUUAAAAUAUUAAACGAUGCAUGUGUUUUAUGAGUAAAUACAUGGAUUACAUCCGACCUUUCUGCAGUGUUCAGGAUCCAGCUGCUGCUCCCUGCCUCAUAUCACUGAAGCCAUGGGUAAACUAAAAGGACUGCUACCCCUCUUUAUUUUAACAUCAAGUUACCUUUUGUGCAGUGCACAAAAAACAGUAUGCACACAGGAAGCAUUAGCUGAUAUUGUCUUCCUGGCGGAUGGGUCUUGGAGUAUUGACACAGAAAACUUCCAGAAGAUGCGUGACUUUCUUCUCACUUUGGUGAACAGUUUCGAUGUGAGUCCUGACAAGGUUCAAAUCGGCUUGGUGCAGAACAGCAAUUCACCACAUACUGAAUUCUACCUUAACAGCUUUGAAACCAAGCAAAAGCUUCUUGACUACAUCACAAAUCUCCCAUACCGAGGAGGUGGCACCAAGACUGGAUUUGGUUUAAACUUCUUGCUGAAGCAGCACUUUGUGAAAGAAGCAGGAAGUCGUGCUAAAGAUGGGGUGCCUCAAAUUGCCGUGGUUAUCACAGAUGGACAGUCACAAGACAAUGUGGAACCACAUGCACAGGACCUGAAACACCAGGGAAUCAUACUUUAUGCCAUUGGUAUUAAAGAUGCUGAUAUGGAGCAGCUGAAGGAAAUUGCUACUAAGCCACAUGACCAACACAUCUACAGUGUGUCUGAUUUCACAGCUUUGCAAGGAAUCUCCCAGAGUUUCAUCCAGGUGCUUUGUACAACUUUCCAGGAAGCCAAAGAUCAAGUGUCUCAGGUGCCAAAAGGGUGCAAGGCUAAUUUGGCUGACAUUGUGUUCCUUUUGGAUAGCUCUAGUCGCAAUGGUGAUGCAGACUUCCUGGUUGUGAAGCAGUUUCUUCACACCUUCAUAGAGGGUCUUGAUGUUAAGCCUGAUAAAGUCAGAGUAGGAAUGGUACAGUUUAGUAAUGAUCCUCAACAAGAAUUCCUGUUGGGGGAGUAUGCAGACAAGAAUGACCUGCUGGAGAAGGUAGACAAACUCACCUACCUAACAGGAGGCACUGAAACCGGAAAAGCUCUUCGCUUUAUACUAAAUAAUUACUUCAUAGAAUCAGCUGGCAGUCGGAUCAAUCAAAAUGUGCCUCAGAUUGCUGUGGUGAUCACAGACGGUGACUCCAAUGAUGACAUGGAGAUUGCAGCCAUGGAGCUACGGAGAAAGGGGGUGUUAAUCUUUGCCAUUGGGGUUGGUGCAGCCAGCUUUACAGACCUGCAGUCCAUUGCUAAUGAACCAUAUCACCGUUUUGUACUGAGUUUCACUGAAUAUGAGGAGCUGCUGAAAGCAACCACCAACGUAGUAGACAAAGUAUGUAUUUCUGUCGAGGCCCAGCAAGAAGCUCUAGCUCCAAAAUAUGCAGAUGUGUUUGUGUUGGUAGACAGCACUGUUGAACAGACCCAAAAUGUGACAGAGUUCCUCAAUCGCCUAGCCAAUCAACUUAACGUGGCGAGUACAUCUCAUCGGAUGGCUUUGGCUCAGUUUGGUGAAGAGGUUUCAGUGGAAUUUCGUUUUGAUGCUUACGAAACUAAAACUGAAGCACUUGCACUUAUCCGCAAAUUCCAACUCAGAGGUACUGGGCAGCGCAAACUUGGAAAGGCGAUAGAUUAUGUGCGGACUCACCUCCUCAACACUGAAGUAGGCAGCCGAAUUGCUCAGGGCUAUAAGCAGUACCUGUUGGUGGUAAGCAGAGGAGAAUCGGAUGACAAUAUACUUACAGCAGUUCGUGCAUUAAAGGAUGAUGGUGUGAUGCUUAUCAACAUUGACCUAAGUGAAGAGCUAGACUUUCCAUUCACUGCACAAAGUCACCCUGCUCCACCUCGUGGAGCUGCUCCACCUGACGUAUCUUUCAGCCUUGUUCCUCCUCAGUGGUUACCUACAAUUGUCUAUUCUACAACUGGAAAUUUUAAACAAAUAUCAGACAAUGUGAUGACUAUCAUGGAUACUAGGGAUGAGUUUAUGGCAGCUGAGGACUGCAAGUUAGUGGCUGAUAUUGUGUUUAUUGUGGAUGUGUCGGACAGUACUACAAGUCCAGGCCUGGUCCGUGAUUUCCUCUACCACAUUAUUAAUGCCUUGCCGAUAGAAUCUGACAGUGUGCGUGUGGGAAUUGUGUUGUACCGUGAAACACCCUCAGCUGAUUUUUACUUAAACACAUUUAAUAAGAAGUCUGAGAUUUUGCAGUACAUUAAACGAUUGCUGUUUGGGGGUGGAGAGUCCAAAACUAGCAGGGCUCUGAAGUUUGCAAGAGAGAAGGUGUUUGCCAAAGAGAUGGGCAGCCGACGUGCCACAGGGGUGCAGCAGAUUGCUGUGGUAAUAACAGAGGUUAAGUUCCUGGAUAAUGUCUCAUCUGAAGAAGCUAGUAAGUUACUAUACUCUGGAGUCCAGGUCUACGCUCUUGGAGUCUCGAAUGAUAAUGAGGAGCAGCUGAAACAGAUUGCAUCUUAUCCUCCAACAAAAUUUGUGUUCAGUCUCCAGAGCUUUUCUAAUCUUGAUAAAGUGGAGAAAAUUAUGCAGAAGACUAUUUGUCACAAUAUGGUCCAUUCAGCUGUUUUGAAGUCAAGGAAAUAUGAUUUAAAGCAAGGAUGCUUACAAACAGAAAAAGCAGACAUCUAUUUCCUAAUUGACGACUCCAGUAGUAUUAAAAACCAGUUUGAGGAGGAAAAAGAGUUCAUUCUAGACAUUCUGUCGAUGUUUACUAUUGGACCAAAACAGGUUCGUGUGGGUGUGGUGAAAUUUGCAGAUGAACCCACACUAGAGUUUAGACUGAAUGCAUAUAAUGACAAAAUCUCUCUUGAAAGAGCUGUGAAGAACAUUAAACAUGGUGCUGGAGAUACAUAUAUAGGAAAAGCCCUGUCUAACAUGACAAAAUACUUUGAGGAGGCCGAAAAGUCACAAAGCACUAAGGUUCGCAAAAUUCUCAUCAUUAUAACUGAUGGAAAAUCUUGGGAUAGUGUGAACGAACCAGCAGCACAGUUAACAGCACAGGGGGUGUCCACCUAUGCUAUUGGCGUGAAAGAUGCAAACGAGACAGAGCUCCUGCAGAUAACAGGUGACCCAGAGAAGACAUUCUUUGCAACCAACUUUCAUGCACUGAGACACCUGAAGGAUGAAAUUGUAACUCAUAUUUGCUUAGAAGAGGCCUGCAAGAGCAUGUGGGCAGAUGUCAUCUUUUUAGUUGAAGGCUCAGGAAGCACUGCCCCUGAGGACUUCUCAAAGAUAAAGGAAUUCAUGAAUACUGCAGUGUCCAAGUUUCUAAUUGGCAAAAAUAGUGUACAGGUUGGAGUUGUGCAGUUCAGCUCAUACUCAAAGGCUGAAUUUGCCCUCAACAAGUUUUCUGAUAAAAGCCAGAUCCAGCAGGCUAUUAAUGAAAUGCAGCAGCAGGAGCAGCCCAUUAAGAAUAUGAAGCAACUAGAAGAAGGCACUCAGACUGGGGCUGCGCUCAAUUUUGUGUCAGCGUACUUUGAUCCAUCAGAAGGGGGUCGUUCCAAUGCCCCACAGUUCCUCAUCAUGAUCACGAAUGGCAGGUCGAUGGAUGACAUUGCUCAGCCUGUACAAGCCCUCAGAAAUAAGAGCAUUACAAUAUACUCCAUAGGAAUGGGUGAUUUUAAUAGCACACAACUGAAAGAUAUCAGCGGAACUCAGGAAUUUGUUUUUCUUGACAGACAUGAUGAUAUGUUGAAUUUCUUAGAUAAAGUCUUCUUACUCAAGAUCUGCAAAUCUGCUGACAAAUGCCAGAAAUCACAGGUGGCAGAUGUUGUCUUCUUAGUGGAUGGUUCCACCAGCAUUCUACCUGACAACUUUAAGAUUAUGAAGUCCUUCAUGAACUCAGUAGUGAGCACUACACAGGUUGGACAAGACAAUGUCCGUGUUUGCACCAUUAUCUAUUCUACUGAUGUUAAGGUCCAUUUCCCCCUUAACCAAUACUACAGCAAAGAAGAGGUGCAGGAAGCUAUCAGUGCUCUGAUAUAUCCCACUGGAGAUACCUACACAGCCAAGGCACUAAAAUAUUCACUGGAUUACUUUGAUGAAGCCAGAGGUGGGAGAAGUGCAAAUGGUGUCCCACAGCUCAUGUUUGUCAUUACUGAUGGUGAGGCUACAGACGCACAUUAUUUAGAGGGAGCUGCAAAUAAGCUUCACGAUUAUGGAGUUAGAAUUUAUGGUAUUGGGGUCGCAGAUGCAAGUAUAGAUGAAUUAGAGAAAAUUACCAAAGACAAGAACAAGGUUUUCCAUGUUAACAACUUCCAAGCUUUGGAAGACCUUUGGCAGAACAUUUCUCGUGAGAUCUGCAAGGAAACAAAACCAGAGUGCCAGAAAGUGGCAGCUGAUUUGGUCAUUUUGAUUGAUGGUUCUGAAAAAACCCAAGGAGCUCUAUGGAACACCAUGCAAAAUAUUACACUGGGCCUUGUAGACAAUCUUCGUAUCAAACAAGACCUCUUUAGAGUUGGUGUAGCCCAAUUUAGUACAACAUACAAAAAGGAAUUUUACUUAAAUGAAUAUUACGAUGAAAAGGAUAUGAAGGGGGCCAUUAAGAAUAUGUCCCCAAUGGUAUCUAAGAGAAACAUUGGAGCUGCACUAAAUGGAGUACAAGAGUUCUUUAAAACUGAUAAAGGGAGCCGCAUUGAAGAAAGAAUUUCACAAAACCUGCUUCUGAUCACUGUUGGGGCAUCAUCUGAUGAGUUCACUGACGCAGCAGAUGGGUUAAGAGCCAUGGGCAUUCAGAUGUUUGCAAUUGGAACAACUGUGAAAACUGAAACUCAGCUCACUAGCAUUACUGGUUCACGUAGUAGGGUUUUUGUACUGGACAGCUUUGACCAUCGCACUCUGAAUCAUACAACACAGAUGUUGAUAAAUGGCAUUUGCGAUUCCAGCCGAAAUGACAUAACAAGUUGCAUGGUGAAUAUUGGAGUUGGUUUUGAUAUAUCCCAUGGUAGUUCAAGCCCACAGUCACUCUUUAGUAGCCAAAAGAAGCUGCAGGCCUACCUGCCUGAGAUUAUCAGAUACAUCUCCACUGUGCACAACUUGUGCUGUCUACCCCAGCAGCCUGUUCUGCAAAGCAACAUUGGUUUCCGUUUGGUUGCUAGUGAUGGCAAGAUACUGUAUGACACAGGUUUUGAGCAAUACAAUGAAGACAUAAUAAAGAAGGUGAUGGCAUUGCAGAUGACUCAGGGUGUCACCUUCAAUACCCAGCUUUUGCGCUCUUUUCAGGAUAAGUUUGAAGGCUAUAGAUCUGGUGUGAAGGUAGUGAUCAUUUUCACUGAUGGCCUGGAUGCAUCUGUUGAUGACCUCAUGGUUGCCUCAAAGAACCUAAGAAGAAGUGGAAUCCAUGCGCUGAUGCCAGUAGCUCUAGAAGGAGUCAAAAGCAUCACAGACCUACAGAAGCUGCAGUUUGGACGAGGAUUUGACUACAGAGAGCCUCUCAUGAUUGGCAUGCAAAAUGUAGCCAGUGCCAUGCAGAAGCAGAUUGUUGCUGUGGUCUCACGAGAGUGCUGUAAUGUAAUGUGUAAAUGCACUGGUCAUGAAGGGGUGCGAGGACCUCAAGGACCUCCGGGGACAAAGGGCUCUCUUGGACAGGAAGGAUAUCUUGGAUUUCCUGGAGAAGAAGGACAACCUGGGGAGAGAGGGCCACCGGGUCUAAAUGGAACCCAGGGACAUCAAGGCUGCCAUGGGAAAAGAGGUCUAAAGGGUAACAUAGGCUACAGGGGUGAUAUAGGAGAACAUGGAGAAUGUGGUUUGGAUGGAGUAAAUGGAGCACAGGGAGUAGUUGGAUUAGCAGGAGCCCCAGGACAGCAAGGGGGUCCAGGCAGCCCAGGCAAGAAGGGUGUUAGAGGAAUACCAGGAGUCCAAGGACAAAAAGGACUGAGAGGAGAUCCAGGUGAGACAGGAAUUGACAACAACUUCCGUGGUCCUAAGGGUGAGCCUGGAUACCCUGGCCUACAGGGUGACACAGGUACAGAUGGCAAUCCAGGCAGGCCUGGAGAUGCUGGUAAUCCUGGUCAGAAAGGAAGAAGAGGCAUAGCGGGUCAACCGGGUGCCAGUGGACCUCCAGGACAAAGAGGACUACGAGGAACAUCUGGAGCUUCAGGACCACUGGGACCAGUGGGACCUUCUGGUGCUCCCGGACUGAAAGGGAUAGCUGGUUUUCCAGGACCUCAGGGACCACCUGGCACACAAGGAAACAGUGGAUCAAAAGGAAGUGUAGGACCCAGAGGACUAAAGGGUCAGCCAGGGGAACCUGGAAAUAAAGGAGCAGUUGGGCCACAGGGCACCAGAGGCCCUCCGGGAAAUGAUGGUCCAGAUGGAUUUGGGUUACCAGGACCUAAAGGACCGAAGGGGGAUCCUGGUUUUCCAGGAUAUCCUGGAUUUCAGGGUGAACCUGGAGAACCUGGGCGAAAUGGUACUAAUGGCCUUAAUGGUAUAAGAGGAAGAGGGGGAAAUUCAGGCAGGCAGGGAGCAGAGGGUAAUCCUGGUGACGACGGACCAGCUGGACACAGGGGCCAUAAAGGACCACCAGGAAGCAGAGCAAUGUCUACUUGUCAACUGAUCAACUACGUUCGAGACAACUGUGUCUGCUGUAAAGAUAAAGCAGCUUGCCCUGUCUACCCCACUGAACUGGUGAUUGGUUUGGACAUGUCUGAUGAUGUGACUCCUGCAUUAUUUGGUGGAAUGCGCUCGACUCUUCUUUCUCUGCUGGACAGCAUCGAUAUCACUGAAAGCAACUGUCCCACAGGGACACGAGUGGCUGUGGUCUCUUACAGUUCUAACACCAAGUACCUCAUCCGUUUUUCUGACCAUCGUCAUAAGAAGGACUUGGUGGAAGCUGUGAAGAACAUCCCUCUGGAACGUACAUCCAACAGACGCAACAUUGGUGCAGCCAUGCGCUUUGUGGGCAGAAAUGUCUUCAAACGUAUUCGUCAGGGUGUUCUGAUCAGGAAGGUGGCGAUCUUCCUCUCUGGUGGACAGUCCCAGGAUGUGACAUCCAUAACCACGGCUGUUCUAGAAUACAAGGCUCUGGAUAUAAACCUUGGUGUUAUUGGUUUUAGGGAUACUCCUAAUGUUCAGCGUGCUUUUGAGGCUGAUGAGACAGGAAGCUUUAUUCUGUCUGUGCUGGGCAAACCAGAUACCCAGAGUGCAGCACUUGAAAAGAUCCAGCGAUGUGUGAUUUGCUUUGAUCCUUGCAAUCCAGCUAGAGAUUGUCCCAGCCCCGGUGAGGUGUCCAUUCCAAAGCAGGUAAAUGUGGACCUGGCGUUGCUGGUGGAUGGUUCCCGCAGCAUCCAGGCAGAUCAGUAUGAGGGAGUGAAGCAGGUGUUGGGCACUGUGUUGGACCAGCUUGUAGUGAGUCGUCAGCCCAGCAAAGCUGACAGACAGGCACGGGUGGCGCUUUACCAGCAGAGUUCAUCAUACAGAGAGGCCCAGGCUCCAGUCAAGCAGAUCUUCACUUUCCAGCAGUUCCAAGACCGCAACCUGAUGAAGCAGAGCAUCUUCGAAAAUCUACAGCAGACUGGUGGAUACUCCAGACUGGGUCAUGCCAUGGAAUUCGUAAUCAUGCAUGGUCUUCUCACUGUUUCCAAGCCUCGAAAAUACAAGAUGGUGCUGCUUAUAGUUGGAGGAGAGACCGAAUAUUCUGAUAGAGCAAAACUGGACUUUAUCUCCAUGAAAGCAAAGUGUCAGGGUGUGGUGCUUUUCACUCUUAUAGUCGGGGAUCGUUUUAACAGCACUCAGGUGGAGGAGCUUGCCACCUUUCCCACAGAGCAGCACAUAGUUCACUUGGGCAAUGUAAAGCAAGGAGAACCGGAGUACACUCGGCGCUUCAUAAGGACUUUCCUACACAUUCUGAGCCGGGAUAUGAACACCUACCCUGCUCCGAUGCUAAGAAAACAAUGUGAGAGUCUUCAGCAAGGUCAUGUCCUUGAUGUCUCUGAGGUUACUAAGAGGCCACCCACUGAAAGGAUCCCUCCCCCAAGAAUAUUUUACCCUGAGAAUUCAGGGGAAGAAUAUGAGGAGAUGGAAGAAGAGACAGAAUAUGCUGAACAGACAGGGACACAGAUGGAGUAUGAAAAUUUGGGCCUGCUGACUCCAGGACAUGAAAAGUCUAUCUGAAAAAAGACACAGGGCCCUCCAGGAACUACGUAAUCAAAUGGUUCUAUAAUCAAGAGCAGAACAAAAGCUCUCGCUUCAUUUAUGGAGGAUGUGAUGGAAACCUUAACAGAUUUGACACUAAAAUUACUCCUCCUUUUCUCUGGCUUUAUAUGAAAUGAUGGCACAGUAGGAUACAACAACACUUUUGUGAUAUCCAAAUAACUUGAAUACAUUAAAGCGUCCAGCUUGUUUGCUACCCUACCAGAAGUAAUAGCAUUUGCAUCAUAUUUCACUUCAUCAUAAAAGAAAAUUCCUCUGAAGAUGCUCAUUCUUUAAUAAAGUGAAUAAUUUUGUGAA